AUGGGUGCCUACGCUCCCGUCACCAUCCAGACAUCUCUUGUUGAUGCGUCAUUCCCAGCAAUAGCCCUAAAAGCGACUUCCUCCAUGGCGGCCGUCAGUAUAUCGAUGACAACCCGGUCUGGUCGGUCUUCCAGGAAGCAACCUCUACGAUUGCCUAUCAUUGCCCCCAAGAGUUGUCUGGUGAGCCCCAGCGCCGGCUUGGACCCUCCGACGCCCAAGAAGGUUUCGGUCCGACAACACCGACUGCGCUUCCCACCCCGUUCCCGGACUGGUUGCUGGUAUGUCCUCAAGUGCGACGAAGUCCAUCCUCAGUGUAAUCAAUGCGCUCGUCUGGGCCAUGUUUGUGACUACCGGCCGCGGUUGUGCUUCCGAGAUGAUACCCGUCGCGUAAGGGAGCGCAUGCUGGAUGUUAGGACCGCAGGCAACGCGGUUUGGGACCCGACUGUCACUUCGCCGAAAACAGGCGUGCCUCCAGCUACAUGCGACUUACUCCCGCCCUUUGCGACACUCACGUCAGAUGAAGAGCGAGAGAGAAAGGCACAAGCAGCGGCACCUGGGACCUACCAUGUGAUAGCUUUCCCAGAGAGUUUUUCUCGACUGCCUGAGUAUGCAGGCGAGGCCUCUGGACAAGACACAGGGAACGAUGCUCUGCUUGAAAGCGCCAGUGGCAGUAAUCCCCCAAUCGAUGACAACUGGGUCUACGGACCAAAUGUCGUCGUAUUGAAGAGCUUCAGGUCUGCACGAAGACACUUAUACCCAGACAGAAGAAGUACUCCUCAAUCACCUGAAUCAGACCAGGGAAGCUUCUCCUUAUCUGCACCUUCGGUAGCGGAAUUAAUCCCGGACUAUCCGGCCACCAGUGUGCAGCAUAUGCAGGAAAGCGCCGAACCCAAUCAUUUCCAAAUGCUCCUUCUAGAACACUUUCGUCAUUUCGUGUGUUUGCAGCUUCUUCCAUGUGCUGGCCUUUUUAACAUCAAUGGGCUGGAUGCGACUGUGUUCGAACACGAGGCGUCGAACUUCCCUCCUCUAUACCAUACUAUAAUGGCUCUAUCUGCUCUCAGUCUGGUUCGCCAAGGGGGUGGCCAGCACAUCGAUGCCUCAUAUUACUACGAUCGGGUUGCCGCUCUUUCCCAUGAUAGUCUCUGCAACGAAGAUCUCUUGUCUGAUGCUCUGUAUCUGACACAUUUUCUGCUGCUUGUUUAUGAAGUUGUGGCGGCCAACCCCGGUGGUUCAAACCUUUGGUCGCAUCACGUCUCUCGGCUGCUUCAUUUAGCCUUGCUGCGGCAAUCAAUUCCGGGGGCUGAGCGAUUCCCUUGCAUUGCUUGGUGGGUAUGCCACGUGGACCUAUAUGCGCUGUUCAGCGGCGCAGGCACAGGGGAUUUUGUCCGUGCCGUUCUCGACAACCAGCUGUUACUAGACUUGCAGUCGCUCUGUUACGCAGUUGGGCCCAGUGAUUCGGAAUAUCCACACACCGAUAACAGCUUACCUCUAAUCGUGCGGUUAUAUCACGACACCUUCAUAUUAGCCAUCCGAAUCGGACUCCUUGCUGUUGGAACGCGGGGUGCCAAAGGGUCUUACCUCAACAAUUACUUGGGUUCGCAGCAACAGGAACUAAGGGAGGUACAUGACGUGCUCAAAAGGCUGUGGAGCCAGCAGGAGGUUGGGUAUUUGUACCAAAAUCAAGUUAGUCUCUCAUCACAAUCGCAGAGUCUGUUGCAGCCGCUUGCUAUUCUAUAUCACACCAGCCUGCUCUUCUCCUCGACCAGUUCCUGGCCAGGACAGCGGUUAGAGUCCGGGGCUGUCGCGGACGAGGAGAUCCACCACCACGCCAUGCGAAUCCUACAGAUCGUAUCGGGGAUUGUGGAGAAGGGACGAGAAGGGGACCGUCGAUUCAUUGCCUUUCCGAUUUUUCUGGCGGGCGCCGUGGCCCCGACGAGUGGGCUAAAAAUGAUGGCGUUGGAGCUCCUUUCCAACCUAGAGGAAGGCGAAAUUGGGUAUAACGCGGCCACAACGUGUCAGAUGUUGCAGGUAUUUUUUGAACGGCAAAUCCAGCAUUCUCAGCGUGGAGGCCAUGCAUUGGAGGUUGAAUGGGCCGAGGUGCUGGCUGAGCAUGGGCGACCGUUAGUCAACUACGGUUGA